GCCGCGCCGCCAUGCCCGCCGCCCCGCUCGGCCCCGGCGCGGCCGCCCGGCCGAGGCGCGGGGCGCUGCGGGCCCGUUAGGUACCGUCCCCCCGGGGAGGAGGACCCCCGCGAUGGCUGCCGCCUGGCCCUGGCUGCUGCUGUGGCUGGGGGCGGCCGCCCUGCGCGCCCACCCGGCCCCGCCGCGCAUCCGGCUGCCGCUGCGGGGGGGCUCGGCCCUGCCGCCCGCCCCCCGGGCUCGCCGGGCACCGGAGGACGCCGAGCGGGGCGGCAGCUUCGUGGAGAUGAUCGACAACCUGCGCGGCAAGUCCGGGCAGGGCUACUACGUGGAGAUGACUGUGGGCAGCCCCCCGCAGAAGCUGAAUAUCCUGGUGGAUACAGGGAGCAGUAACUUCGCUGUGGGAGCAGCUCCUCACCCUUUCCUCCGGAGAUAUUACCAGAGGCAGCUGUCCAGCACCUACCGUGACCUGCGGAAGGGUGUGUACGUGCCCUACACCCAGGGCAAGUGGGAAGGGGAACUGGGCACCGACCUGGUCACCAUCCCCCACGGCCCCAACGUCACCGUCAGAGCCAACAUCGCUGCCAUCACCGAGUCGGACAAGUUCUUCAUCAACGGCUCCAACUGGGAGGGGAUCCUGGGGCUGGCCUACGCCGAGAUCGCCCGGCCUGACGACAGCCUGGAGCCCUUCUUUGACUCACUGGUGAAGCAGACCCGGGUGCCCAACAUCUUCUCCCUCCAGCUUUGUGGGGCAGGCUUCUCACCUAACGAGACAGAGGCCCUGGCAGCUGUGGGGGGCAGCAUGAUCAUCGGUGGCAUCGACCGCUCGCUCUAUGUGGGUGACAUCUGGUACACCCCCAUCCGGAAGGAGUGGUACUACGAGGUCAUCAUCGUCAAGCUGGAGGUUAAUGGGCAGGACCUGAACAUGGACUGCAAAGAGUACAACUAUGACAAGAGCAUUGUGGACAGCGGGACCACCAACCUCAGGCUGCCAAAGAAGGUGUUUGAAGCUGCAGUGAAAUCAAUCAAAACAGCUUCUUCGACCGAGAAGUUCCCGGAUGGCUUCUGGCUGGGGGAGCAGCUGGUUUGCUGGCAGGUCGGCACCACUCCCUGGCACAUCUUCCCCGUCCUGUCCCUCUAUCUGAUGGGGGAGGCCACCAACCAGUCCUUCCGGAUCACCAUCUUGCCCCAGCAAUACCUGCGCCCGGUGGAGGACGUGGCCACCUCUCAGGAUGACUGCUACAAGUUUGCCAUCUCCCAGUCCUCCACCGGCACCGUCAUGGGCGCUGUCAUCAUGGAGGGCUUCUACGUGGUCUUCGACCGCGCCCGCAAGCGCAUCGGCUUCGCGGUCAGCGCCUGCCACGUGCACGACGAGUUCCGGACGGCCGCGGUGGAGGGGCCCUACCUGCACUCCAACAUGGAGGACUGCGGCUACAACAUCCCGCAGACGGACGAGUCCACCCUGAUGACCAUCGCCUACGUGAUGGCCGCCAUCUGCGCCCUCUUCAUGCUGCCCCUCUGCCUGAUGGUGUUCCAGUGGCGCUGCUUCCGCUGCCUGCGGCGCGACCACGACGACUUCGCCGACGACAUCUCCCUGCUGAAGUGAGGGCGGAGCGGGGGCGGCGCCCGGGCGCAGGUGAGGCCGCCGGGCAGGGACAGGUGGGUCCUUUCCCGGGGGGUGCAGAGCCCCUGCUCGGGCAGGCCUGGCCUGGGGGUCUCGGUGCUGUCAGGGCCAGGAGCAGCUGUGGGACCUACAGCAAGGACGUGGCAGGGGGGAGCACAGCCACCCCACCCCGGGGCUGGGGCAGCUCCUCUGCUCUGGCACCAGGACGAGCUGUCCCAAGCUCCAUCCACCCUCCAGCCCUCCCCUUCCUGUCCCCUUUUACCCAUCCCUGUGCAGCUGCCCUUCUCAGCCCUCAGCCUGGCAUCUCCAUGCAGGGACACCUGCUGAGGUCACAUCUCCCUGCCCAGGACACUUGCUGAGGUCACCACAUCUCCUUGAAGUCUCAUCUCCUGAGCCUCCCAUCCACAGCCCCACAGGGCCAGCCCUGGGCAGGAUUUUCCCCCCCCGACCCUCCUGCUCCCCCACACCCCACUCGCUCCACCAUUCCCCACAGUGUUUUCCCUGCCCUCCCAUGCUGUGCUUCCACUGCCACCAGCCCCGGGACCCCCUGUGCCCACCCCCCAUUGGAAAGCCAUAGGGGAACCUGCACGGGCUGGUUCCCUCCCUGCCCCCCGCCAGCCCCGGUCACCCCGAUCCAUGUGUCCUCACCCCAGCUCCUGCUCCCAAGGCACUGGGCUGGCAGCCUGGGGACAGGCAGUGGGGACUGCAACAUUUCUACAUAUUUUAUUAUUUUUUUUUAAAACACGUGGUUGUAUUUAUUUCAUUAGUUGGUUUUUUUAUAACCAGAGUCCCCCGGUGGUGCCGCAGGGCGUGUACAUAGCAGGUCCCUCCCCUCCUCACCUGUACAAUAUAUGCAUAUAUCUCUAUUUUUAAUUGUAGCGCUGAAAGCCACCAUUCCAAACCCAACCUUAGGGGGUUUGGUCCCGUUUUUGUUUUGGGGUUGUUUUUUUUUUUAAUAUUUUUAGCCCUCUGCUCAUGCCCAGGGCCUUGGCUACAACCCAAGGCCAGGCUGGAAGCACUUUGUGGAUCAGAGGUGGUCUGAGCUGGUGUCAGAGGAGGUGACAGUGACGGAGGGACAAAGAAAGGGCAGGGCUGGAGCUCGGCAGGCCUGUGGUGAUCACCAAGCAGAAAUCUCACAACCCAAACCCUGCAGUGAAGUGUUUCUUUGGCAAAGCAGCACGGGAGGCAGCGUGUGAGGAGCAAACCCAGGGCACCCCACAACAGCCCCCAACCCUCCCAACCUCACUCCUAGUGCGAGCAGCACCCAGCUCCCCUGCUCCAAGCCUGCACCCACCCGGCCCUUCCUCCCCACCAGAGGGCCAUGCAGACCUCCACACCCUUGUGCCUGCCCCAGUCCCCUCUCCAGGACCCCCUGGGACUCUGUUGUGGACCACUGCCUUAAGCCACAGUGGGCAGCCUGUGCCCCAAGGCUGCAGCCAGGCAGCUCCUCCAGCCCCGUGGCCUGGCUGCCUCUCGCCCUGCCCGGCUGUGCCACAAACUGCAAAGCUGGGGGAGGGAAGAGGGGAAUCAAUCAAUUCUCUGGAAGAAGUGCAAGAUUUUAAGUGGUGCUGAGCACCUCAUCAUCCCACUGAAAUCCAUGGAGAAAGGGUUGGUAUGUCAGCCCGGCUUUAGGAGAAAGUCCAGGAGAGGGGAAACUAGGAACUGGAACAGGUUGGUUAUCCUGAGCUGCAGCGCAGCUGGAUGCGCUGGAUCCCGAGCGCUCCAUCCCCAGGGCCCAGCAUUCCAGCCAGGAAUGCCGGGUGGGAACUGCCCCGCGGGAGGGGCUGGGGAGCACAGGCUGUGGCUGUAGACUCCAGUACUCUUGUAACCUAUCGUCUAUGUAAGAACAAUGAAUGUUAACACUGUAAAUUAUUAUUACAUUAAAAAAAGGACCACAAAAACCA